AUGGUUGAAAAAGGGUUACAGACUUACAUGCUUAUCCGAGGGCAGAAUUCGCCACCAGGUAAAAUACGAAAUUGGGCUCUCAAUGUGGGAGGAAGAAUACCCUUUACCUCCACUCAGCAGGUACCAGUGAAGUUAAUGUUGGAAAAGGCAGUUCUGGUAGCAGGGGGAACUCUGCUGAGUGAAGAUACACAACAACAAAUCAUCAGGGAGACUUUCCAUUUGGUAUCUAAGAGAGAUGAAAAUGUUUGUAAUUUCCUAGAAGGAGGAUUAUUAAUUGGAGGAUCUGACAACAAACUGAUUUAUAGACAUUAUGCAACACUAUAUUUUGUCUUCUGUGUGGAUUCUUCAGAAAGUGAACUUGGCAUUUUAGAUUUAAUUCAAGUGUUCGUGGAAACAUUAGACAAAUGUUUUGAAAAUGUCUGUGAACUGGAUUUAAUUUUCCAUGUAGACAAGGUUCACAAUAUUCUUGCAGAAAUGGUGAUGGGGGGGAUGGUAUUGGAGACCAACAUGAAUGAAAUUGUUACACAAAUUGAUGCACAAAAUAAACUUGAGAAAUCUGAGGCUGGCUUAGCAGGAGCUCCAGCCCGUGCUGUAUCAGCUGUAAAGAAUAUGAAUCUUCCCGAGAUCCCAAGAAAUAUUAACAUUGGUGACAUCAGUAUAAAAGUGCCAAACCUGCCCUCUUUUAAAUAAAAUAUUAAACAGGCCACUCCCAGGUAAAAUCCAGGGGGGAAAAUCCUCUAAGUUUACCAUACAGUUGUUUACCAAAAAUAGGGGAGGAGAGUCUUAACUUUUGCUCUUGGAUUUAAGUCAAGGUACUGUAUAGAAGUUGUGUUAAAUCAGUAUGUAAGUUCAGUGUUGAUUUUCUUGCUCAGUGAUUUUAAAGACAUUGUGUAGUUCCAGUGUGAUUUGUUUUUUUCCUUUUCUAAAUUGCAUUCCUGUGCCCACCUAAGGCAUGCCUCUGUGUAUUGGCUAUUACAGUAUUUUAAAAGUGAGGUAUUUUCUUUAAUUAUGUAAAACCCAAAAUGUUGGUGUUGUAUGUAUCACAAGUACAGUAAUCCUUAAUUCUUUCUGCUAUUUGUCACAAUUAUUU